AUGGCUUAUUACACCGUUGCUCACUUUUUACACGAUGGAGACAUGUAUGGGGAUUCCAACACAUCUGGGGUUAUACCUGAACAAAUGACUGAUGAGGUAUGGGAUUUUAUCUUUUGUGAUGGGCCCUUUCCAAAAUCAUCUGACAUAUCAUCAUCAAUUCUGAAUAAGAUGAAGAAGGAGUUCGAAUAUUGGUAUCCAUUUGAUCUUCGAGUGUCUGGUAAGGAUCUCAUCCAGAAUCAUUUAACAUUUUGUAUUUACAACCACACGGCAAUUAUGCCCAGGAAGCAUUGGCCUCGUGGGUUUAGAUGUAAUGGGCACCUGAUGCUCAAUUCUAAGAAGAUGUCCAAGUCCACAGGGAAUUUUUUGACAUUGCGGCAGGCAAUAGAUGAAUAUUCUGCUGAUGCCACACGAAUCGCUUUGGCCGAUGCCGGUGAUGGUGUUGAUGAUGCAAAUUUUGUAUUUGACACUGCAAAUACUGCCAUUGGACGACUCACUAAAGAGAUUGCAUGGAUGGAGGAGAAUUUGAGUGCAAACUCUUUGAGAAGAGGUUCUCCUUCUACUUUUGCGGACCAUGUAUUUUUGAAUGAAAUAAAUAUCGCUGUGAGAAGGACUGAGCAGAACUAUGAGUCUUGCAUGUUCCGAGAAGCCCUUAUCACUGGAUUUUAUGGUCUUCAAGCUGCCAGGGAUUGGUAUCAGCAUUCAUGCGGUGGUGCUCAGGACAUGAAUCGAGAUUUGGUGUGGCGUUAUAUGGAUGUAGAGACACGCAUGGUUGCUCCAAUCUGUCCACACUACGCUGAAUAUGUGUGGAGGGAGGUUUUGAAGAAGGAUGGAUUUGUAGUAAACGCAGGCUGGCCUGCAGCUGAUGCUCCAGAUCUAAUCCUCCAAAGUGCCAAUAACUAUUUGAAAAAGUCGAUUGAUGUAAUGAGGAAGAAGCUUAGAAAGCACCAGCCAAAUUCUAAGAAAGCCGGUAAUAAUGGUUCUCCAAUUUCAUCUUCAGUAGAAGGGAAGAAGCUAAUAUGCCUGAUAUAUGUGAAGGAGCAAUUUGAUGAGUGGAAGGCAGAUUGCUUGAGGAUACUCCAGAAUAACUUCAACAUAGAGACUCGUACUUUUGCUCCGGACAGGGUGAUAUUGGAGGCACUGCAGAGUAUUUCUCUUGGACAGGCUAAAGAUUUUAGACAAGUCCAAAAUCUUUGCAUGCCUUUCGUGAAGUCGAAGAAGAAUGAGGCAGUUCAACUUGGGGCUCAGGCCUUAGAUUUGAAAUUACCAUUUGGAGAGAUUGAGGUAUUUAAACAGAACUUAGACUUGAUUAAGAGACAACUGGAUCUUGAAGAGGUAGAAGUUUUGUCUGCUGCCAACCCUAAUGAUCGUGCAAAAGUUGGUCCUCAUGUUAAACAGAUAGAGCAAAAUCCUCCAUUCCCUGGAAGCCCAACUACCAUCUUCUUGACCCGGUAA